AUGGACGCUCAAGCAUAUCUCAUCCGACAUGGAUGGUCCGGACCUGGAAACCCACUCAAUCCGAAUCAAAGACCCGGUCCCCACGGCGGUCUCGGUCUGACGAGACCGAUUCUCGUCUCACGCAAACAAAACAACCACGGCGUGGGCAAGAAGACCACAAAGGACCCGACCAAUCAAUGGUGGCUGCGUGGAUUCGAAGAUGCGCUCAAGGGCAUCGGCCAGGAGAAGAACGAGACUCAAACAUCGAACAAUGCCCUCACCAGCGAACUUUACCGGCACUUUGUGCGUGGUGAAUGUCUUGCUGGUACCUUGGAGCAAAAGACUGCUGUGGCUGCUGCGGAGGUCGAGGUCAAGGUCAAGGUCAAGGCUUCUUCGAAGCGGAAGCGCGACACUCAGGAUGAGGACGAGCGACGGGUGAGAAAAGAGGCAAAGGCCGCGCGGAAGGAGGAGAAGACUGCUCGGAGGGAGGAAAAGGCUGCACGCAGGGCGGAAAAGGCUGCGCGCAAAGAGGCCAAACUCGAGCGGCGCAAACUCAAGGAGGGGGGAUCAGCCGAUGCAUCUGCGAGUGAAUCCUCUGCAUUGGCGGAGCAGAAGGAGAGCAAGGAAGAAAGACUGCUGAGAAAGCGUGAGAAGCAGGAGCGGAAAGAGCAGAGAGCUGAGAGGAGGAAGUUGAGGAACUCAAAGCGCACCGCGAGCGAGCAAGACUACCCUACUCCCAUGUCCACGGAUGAAGAGAGCGGAGAACAGUCCGUGUCUCCUGAUGCCUCUGACGAGGCGGACAUGUCCGCCAAGAGGAAGGAAAAGAAAGGGAAAAAGAGCGUUGAGAGGAUGAGCACGAAAAAGAGCAAGAGAAACGACCAGGACAAGACAUCCAACUCCAAAAGGCCUGAAAAGGUCUGA